CCCCGUGUGUUUGUGUGUGUCUGUGUGUUGGUGACUGUGAGUACGAGGAAGCAGCGGCCGCCAUUUCAGGGAGCUUGCUGACGCUGUCGCAGGGGAGGAUCCUCAGCAGCCGAAGCUUCCAUCCUGCUUUUCCGCGCGGGCUCCUCUAAUUCCAUUGUUUCUUCUAGAUUUUCUCGGGCCUAUCCGCUCACGGAGCCCGAUAAUCGGGCUGGGCGGUACCGCGGUCUGGGCCUAGGGCUUAAAAUUAUCAAGAGCGGUAGCCGACUUUACGAAUACGAGCACUACAGGCGCCCGAAAGCCCGCACAGGUGUUUAGAGAAAAUGGCAGACGAUAUUGAUAUUGAAGCAAUGCUUGAGGCUCCUUACAAGAAGGAUGAGAACAAGUUGAGCAGUGCUAACGGCCAUGAAGAACGUAGCAAAAAGAGGAAGAAAAGCAAGAGCAGAAGUCGAAGUCAUGAACGAAAGAGAAGCAAAAGUAAGGAAAGAAAGCGAAGUAGAGAUAGAGAACGGAAAAAGAGCAAAAGCCGUGAACGGAAGCGAAGUAGAAGCAAAGAAAGGAGACGGAGUCGUUCAAGAAGUAGAGAUCGCAGAUUCCGAGGCCGCUACAGAAGUCCCUACUCCGGACCAAAAUUUAACAGUGCCAUCCGAGGAAAGAUUGGGUUGCCUCAUAGCAUCAAAUUAAGCAGACGACGUUCUCGAAGCAAAAGUCCAUUCAGAAAAGACAAGAGCCCUGUGAGGGAACCUAUUGAUAAUCUGACUCCAGAGGAAAGAGAUGCGAGGACAGUUUUCUGCAUGCAGUUAGCAGCAAGAAUUCGACCAAGAGAUUUGGAAGAGUUUUUCUCUACAGUAGGAAAGGUUCGAGAUGUAAGGAUGAUUUCUGAUAGAAAUUCAAGACGUUCCAAAGGAAUUGCUUAUGUGGAGUUUGUUGAUGUUAGUUCAGUGCCUCUAGCAAUAGGAUUAACUGGCCAACGAGUUUUAGGAGUGCCAAUCAUAGUACAAGCGUCACAGGCCGAAAAAAACAGAGCUGCAGCAAUGGCAAACAAUUUACAAAAGGGAAGUGCUGGACCUAUGAGGCUUUAUGUGGGCUCAUUACACUUCAACAUAACUGAAGAUAUGCUUCGGGGGAUAUUUGAGCCUUUUGGAAGGAUUGAAAGUAUUCAGCUCAUGAUGGAUAGUGAAACAGGUCGAUCUAAGGGAUAUGGAUUCAUUACAUUUUCUGACUCAGAAUGUGCCAAGAAGGCUUUGGAACAGCUAAAUGGAUUUGAACUAGCAGGAAGGCCAAUGAAAGUUGGUCAUGUUACUGAACGUACUGAUGCUUCUAGUGCUAGUUCAUUUUUGGAUAGUGAUGAACUGGAAAGGACUGGAAUUGACUUGGGAACAACUGGUCGUCUCCAAUUAAUGGCUAGACUUGCAGAAGGUACUGGUUUGCAGAUUCCACCAGCUGCACAGCAAGCUUUACAAAUGAGUGGCUCUUUGGCAUUUGGUGCUGUGGCAGAAUUCUCUUUUGUUAUAGAUUUGCAAACACGACUUUCCCAACAGACUGAAGCUUCAGCUUUAGCUGCAGCUGCCUCUGUGCAACCCCUUGCAACACAGUGUUUCCAACUUUCUAACAUGUUUAAUCCUCAAACAGAAGAAGAAGUUGGAUGGGACACAGAGAUUAAGGAUGAUGUGAUUGAAGAAUGUAAUAAACAUGGAGGAGUUAUUCAUAUAUAUGUUGACAAGAAUUCUGCUCAGGGUAAUGUGUAUGUGAAGUGCCCAUCAAUUGCUGCAGCUAUUGCUGCUGUCAAUGCAUUGCAUGGCAGGUGGUUUGCUGGUAAAAUGAUAACAGCAGCAUAUGUACCUCUUCCAACUUACCACAACCUAUUUCCUGAUUCUAUGACGGCAACACAACUACUGGUUCCAAGUAGACGAUGAAGCAAGAUAAAGUCCCUUAUGUACAUAGCUUUUUUUUCUUGAGAAUUCAUCCUUUUAUUUAGAUAAAAAAAAAAAA